AUGCCUUCUGUAACGGACUACAAAGCGUAUCACAUCCUGAGCUAUGGCUCUUUCCUCGGAGCCACGCUCUUCCAAUCCUUUAUCGGUGGCGUUGUCGCGUUCAAAGUGCUUCCACGAGCACAGUUCUCGACCCUCCANAAAGCUACCUUCCCUAUUUUCUUCGCCCUUCAGUCAGUCCUUGGUCUGGCUCUGAUGGUCACUUAUCCCGGUGAGAAGUUGCUUGGUGUUGGAGGUCAAUACAUCAGGGAAAAUGUCGGCUGGAGCGGCCUCUUAGUGGACAGCAAUAGAUGGCCUGUUUUUGUGCCUCUUGCAACCAUUUUCGUGACCAGUGUCCUUAACUCUCUGAUCAUCGGUCCUGCCACAACCAAGACUAUGAAAGAGCGUCACCAUCAAGGCCCGCAUUCUAAAGCAAUGGAGCAACUGAACAAGACUUUCGGCAUGUUGCACGGUGUGUCGACAAUCAUCAAUCUGACCGCAUUCGGGUGCGCCAUUUGGUAUGGCUUUGUCUUGGGCGAGAGACUCUAG